UGUGUGUGUGUGUGUGUGUAUAAUGCAUAUACUUUACAUCUACUAACACUCGUCAUUCCAUUUUCAUGUUUUUUUAUUGCUAUGCAGAAGGAUGUGUGGAGUGAAGAGGAGGACAAGGUACUCAUUCACGCCCAUGCAGAGAUAGGAAACAAAUGGGCUGAAAUUGCAAAGAGGUCGCCUGGAAGAACCGAAAACUCCAUCAAGAACCAUUGGAAUGCAACCAAAAGAAGGCAAUACUCGAAACGAAAAUGUCGUUCAAAAUACCCCAGAGCCUCCCUUCUAUUAAAAUACAUCAAGAGCUUGAACUUGGACUCAAACACUGCAAAAAUUGGAGAAAACCUUCUGCAAGUAAUGCUGCAACAACCAAUGACACCACCCUCAAAGCACCAGUUCUUCAGCCGGAGUUCUGUUCCGACAAUUCAGACUACGAUUUUUGUUUUGAUGGAAACAUGUUUCAAGAGGGCUGUAGCAUUGAUUCUCUUCUCGAUGCAAACACGCCCUGUGCUCCUGUUGUUGAUGUGAAAGAUUUUGAUGGGAAUUUGCCUUGUGCUCCAGUCUUCGAUGAGAAUGAUUUUGAUAUGGACAUUCCAGCACUGGAUAUGAGUCCAGUAAUAGAAUGUGAAUCGAAGAAGGAGCUGGAUUUGUUGGAGAUGAUCUCUCAAGUCAAUGAAGUCAAAAGAAGUUACUUCAUGAAGAAAACUUAGGAAGGGAGAGAGAGAUAUGGGAUGUGGCUUCGGAUUUCCUUUCAUUGGCUUAAGUUUUUAAUUUCUUUGUUGCUCCAUAUGUGCCAUUUAUUUUACAUACUCUCUGUCUCUCUUUUCUUGUACAAAAAAAACAUGUAUCUUAAAGCAAAUCUGUGUCUUUCAUAUAGAGAAAAUAUUUAUGCUUAACCGAGUUGGGAGGGUUGUGGCU